UGACAUUUCUCCUUGUGUGAUGAUGCUGUGGAGAGGUGGUAUGAGUGAACUGUUCUUUCAACUCCCAGUCAUACUUCAUCAGAAACUGGCGUAAAGACAAAAGGUCAGUUUCAAGAGGUACAGAAGAGUGGAAGCAUUUGAAGAGGUUUGCUUUUUUUUUAACUCCUUGUUCUGGAUUCACUCUAGCUGUAACAUGAUCAGCACUUGCUCUCCUACACAGCCAGCAGGUAUUCUGGGACAAAGCUCAGGUUGAUUGGCUAGAAACCUUAUCCUUAAAGUCUGAAGCACAAAGUACUUUACUUCAAUUGCGGUUAGACUGACUUGAUCCUGAAAGACAUUUGGGCAUAAUUUGGCAUCUGGACUCAGUAAUUUUCAAAGCCCUGAAAUUGCUCACAGACAACAUGCAGGUGACAUUCUGCAGACUUCGGACUCACCAGUGGUGUUUCAUUCUGUUUAACGUUAUCCUAUUCCAUGCCUUGUUUUUUGGGGCUGAUUUUGUGGAAGAAUACUUUUUGCAUGCUUUGCCUUACGUAGAUAUGAAAGUUCUUGAAAUUAAGGCUAGGGCAAGAAAAUUGAACACGGAGCCCCUGAGAAGUAACCUUUCCAAAUAUUACGUCUUGAGCCAGUCGGAGGUGUGUAAAGGGAAGGAUAUAUUUUUGCUCUCUCUCAUCUUCAGUAGCCCCGGAAAUCGGACAAGACGGGACCUCAUCAGAAAAACCUGGGGUAACAUGACCAGUGUCCAAGGGCAUCCCAUCCUCACACUGUUUGCUUUGGGGAUGCCUAUUUUGGCAAGUACCCAGCAGGAGAUAGACCAAGAGUCCUAUGCAAAUAACGAUAUAAUCGAAGGAAUCUUUCUGGACAGUGCCGAGAACCAAACUCUAAAGAUCAUCACAAUGACCCAGUGGGCUGUGACCUUCUGCCCUAAUGCUUUAUUCAUUCUCAAAGUUGAUGAAGAUGUAUUUGUCAAUCUACUGAGCCUGAUCAGUUACCUUCUCAAUCUGAAAGCACACCUUGAAGAUAUCUAUGUAGGAAGAGUUAUCCACCAGGAUAUGCCCAAUAGAGACCCUACUAGCCAAGAAUUUGUGCCUCUUAUCGAAUACCCAGAAAAGUACUACCCGGAUUACUGCAGUGGUGAGGCUUUUAUUAUGUCCCAAGACGUGGCUCGGAUGAUGUAUAUAGUUUUCAAAGAAGUACCCAUUAUGGUACCUGCUGAUGUGUUUGUAGGGAUUUGUGCCAAGCUUGUUGGCCUCAUACCCAUCCAUAGUUCAAGGUUUUCUGGGAAAAGACACAUCAGAUACAACAGAUGUUGCUAUAAGUUCAUCUUCACAUCUUCAGAAACUACUGAUGCCGAAGUGCCCUUGGCAUGGAAGGAAAUUAAUGAUGGAAAAGAAUGUACACUGUUGGAAACUUACUCUGGGCUAAUUUCCUGCAAGCUUCUGACAUACCUUGACAGCUUUAAACGUUUUCAUAUUGGUACCGUAAAAAACAAUGCCAUAUAUUCUGGGGAUUAGGAUUUCUUUUCCUUAUACGUGUGUUCUUUUUAAAUUA